AUGACCGGCCAGAGCCUGUGGGACCUGUCGGAGGCCAACGUCGAGGAUGGAGAGAUCCGCAUCAACGUAGGAGGCUUCAAGAGGCGGCUGCGGUCGCAUACGCUGCUGCGCUUCCCCGAGACGCGCCUGGGCCGCCUGCUGCUCUGCCACUCGCGUGAGGCCAUUCUGGAGCUCUGCGAUGACUACGACGACGUCCAGCGUGAGUUCUACUUUGACCGCAACCCCGAACUCUUCCCUUAUGUCUUGCAUUUCUACCACACCGGCAAACUUCACGUCAUGGCCGAGCUGUGCGUCUUCUCCUUCAGCCAAGAGAUCGAGUACUGGGGCAUCAACGAGUUCUUCAUCGACUCCUGUUGCAGCUACAGCUACCAUGGCCGCAAAGUGGAGCCCGAGCAGGAGAAGUGGGAUGAGCAGAGUGACCAGGAGAGCACCACAUCCUCCUUCGAUGAGAUCCUGGCCUUCUACAACGACGCCUCCAAGUUUGACGGGCAGCCCCUGGGCAACUUCCGCAGGCAGCUGUGGCUGGCGCUGGACAACCCUGGCUACUCAGUUCUGAGCAGGGUCUUCAGCGUCCUAUCUAUCCUGGUGGUGUUGGGAUCCAUCAUCACCAUGUGCCUCAAUAGCCUGCCAGACUUCCAAAUCCCUGACAGCCAGGGCAACCCUGGCGAGGACCCCAGGUUCGAAAUCGUGGAGCACUUUGGCAUCGCCUGGUUCACAUUUGAGCUGGUGGCCAGGUUUGCUGUGGCCCCUGACUUCCUCAAGUUUUUCAAGAAUGCCCUAAACCUUAUCGACCUCAUGUCCAUCGUCCCCUUUUACAUCACUCUGGUGGUGAACCUGGUGGUGGAGAGCACACCUACCCUGGCCAACUUGGGCAGGGUGGCUCAGGUCCUGAGGCUGAUGCGGAUUUUCCGCAUCUUAAAGCUGGCUAGGCACUCCACUGGCCUCCGCUCCCUGGGGGCCACCCUGAAAUACAGCUACAAAGAAGUAGGGCUGCUUUUGCUCUACCUCUCCGUGGGAAUUUCCAUCUUCUCGGUAGUGGCUUACACCAUCGAAAAGGAGGAGAACGAGGGCCUGGCCACAAUCCCUGCCUGCUGGUGGUGGGCUACGGUCAGUAUGACCACUGUGGGGUACGGGGAUGUGGUCCCAGGGACCACAGCAGGGAAGCUGACUGCCUCUGCCUGCAUCCUGGCAGGCAUCCUAGUGGUGGUACUGCCCAUCACCUUGAUCUUCAAUAAAUUCUCCCACUUUUAUCGACGCCAAAAACAACUCGAGAGUGCCAUGCGCAGCUGUGACUUUGGAGAUGGAAUGAAGGAAGUCCCUUCCAUCAAUUUAAGGGACUACUAUGCCCAUAAAGUUAAAUCCCUCAUGGCAAGCCUGACAAACAUGAGCAGGAGCUCACCAAGCGAACUAAGUUUAAAUGAUUCUCUGCAUUAG